CUCUUUUCUUCCUUGCGUUCCUAUUUCAUACAAUUUGUUUUAGCUAGCCAUCACUGAAGAGAUUUUUUUUUUCAUAUUGUCAAGUAACGUAAUAAAAAUAAUAGAUAUAUUAUUUACCGCAAAGUAAGGUGCAGUACCAGUACGGAGUGCAAAGAUUCGUGUUUUAUGUAUUCCGGAAUAGAUAUAAAAGCAUAAGUACAUUAAAAUUUCUGAUUUGAAUCGAUUAUCGUUCUGACACCAAAAAGAAACUCAAAUGGCAUAUAAUUUCACGAGAAAUCUUCUGAAGCCCAAGGGAUUGGCUAAAUUGUUUUUCCAUGAUGCAAGAAGUCUGACAGCGAUUAAUAAACAACAUCAAAAAGCUGAAAAAUCAGUGAAUUAUUUAAAUAGUAAACUAAAGCAAUUUAAUGUAUUUUAUGAUUUGCGAUUAUACUCUGCAACUGCAGUGGAACAAAAAGAUAUAGAUGUUUAUAGAAAUGAACAUAACAUAACAAUAUUUGGCAAAAAUAUUCCAGAUCCUUAUACUGAUAUUAACAGUAGUAAAUUUCCUGAUUAUAUAAAAAACUUUCUCAACGAACAAGGUUUUGAGAAGCCCACUGUUAUUCAAGCACAAGGUUGGCCAAUUGCAUUAAGUGGACAAAAUUUUGUGGGAAUUGCACAGACUGGAACUGGUAAAACACUAUCAUAUCUUCUACCAGCAGUUAUUCAUAUAAAGGAAACAGUUGGUAGAAAGGGUUUAGGGCCUAGAGUGUUAGUUUUAGCUCCAACAAGAGAAUUGGCUAGACAAAUUGAAGAGGUUGCUAAAGAUUUCGAAAGGUUAUUGGGUAUAAGAUGUGCAUGUAUAUAUGGUGGGGCAAAUAGAAACACACAAGCUAAUUUACUACAGUCGGGAGUUGAUAUAGUCAUUGCUACACCAGGUAGAUUGAAUGAUUUCCUUAUCAGUAAAGUCACCAAUUUGAGUAGGUGCACAUAUGUAGUGUUAGAUGAAGCAGAUCGUAUGCUGGACAUGGGAUUUGAGCCCCAGAUUAGACAAGCACUAGAAGGUGUGCCAUUAGAACGGCAGAUUAUGAUGUUUUCAGCAACAUGGCCUAAAGAAGUACAAUCGCUGGCCGAAGAUUAUCUAGGAGAAUAUGUUCAAGUGAAUGUAGGAUCUACAGAAUUGUCAGCUAAUCAUAAUAUAAAACAAAAUAUUCAUAUUUGUGAUCAAGAAGAAAAGAUGAACAAGUUUAAAUCAAUCAUGCACAGCAUUUCUGGAGAUGGUUUUGGUAAAAUACUAGUGUUUACAAACACCAAGAAAUUUGUGGACACAUUAGCAUUGAUGCUUAGAAGAAACGGUUGGCCCGCUGUUGGCAUCCAUGGAGACAAAACUCAGCUUCAGAGGGAUACUGUUAUCAACAAGUUCAAAUUUGGUAGAACCAAUAUUCUUGUUGCUACUGAUGUUGCUGCCCGAGGACUAGAUGUUGAUGGUAUAACACAUGUGAUAAAUUUCGACUUCCCCAAUACAUCUGAAGAUUAUAUACAUAGAAUUGGAAGAACAGGCCGUCAGAAUAAUAAGGGUAUAGCUCAUACAAUUCUUACGAGUGAAAAUGAAAGGCAGGCCAAAAGCUUAAUAGCUGUGUUGCGGGAAGCCAAUCAGGAAGUACCUAAGGAGUUAGAAGAUAUGGAAAGGAGCUUUUAUUUAUCCAAAAAUAAAGAUAAACAUCAAUAUGGAUAUAAUUCAAAACGACAAAAUAGUUGGAGUCCGAAUGGCAGAUUUAACAAGUUUCGUAGUAAUAAGUUUAGGUACUAGGUUAACAAU